GACACGGCACAAGCAGACAGUCUGUUCACAAAACAAAUACCGAUAAUAAAAAUGAAAAAAUAACAAAUAUAAAUAUUUGUACAACAAAAGAUUAAAAUACAAAAGUUGUAAAGCUAAUCAGUAUAGUGUAUACUUCAAAUAACUUUAUCAAGAGAAAACUACAAAAAUGACAGUCAGUGAAUUGGGAUGGAAUACAACAAACAUGUUAACAGGAUGGAGAUUGGCACUCUCAAAAUUAUUCAUAAUACCACAGCGCUAUGUCAUGGCGACGAUGGCGCUGUUCGCCAUAGCCAACGCCUACACCAUGAGGGUAUGCCUCAACCUGGCAAUCACCCAGAUGGUGAGGAAGACCACAGCGUCGGAGGGUGACCCACAUUAUGAUCCGGAUGCGUGUCCAGACCUCUCACAACGAUCCUUCGGGAAUUCUUCUUUGAAAGCAGACCUUGAUGAUGACACGGUAUAUUUCGAAUGGAGCGAAGCAACGCAAGGGUUGCUUCUCAGUUCGUUCUACUACGGCUACGUCCUCACACAUAUCCCUGGUGGUAUGUUAUCGGAGCGGUAUGGAGGCAAGUGGGUUGUAGGCCUCGGACUCCUGUCUACUGCCGUGUGUACCCUGGUGACACCUAUGGUUGUGAGAGCCGGUGGUGCGCCAGCUUUGUUCGCCUUAAGAGUCAUUGAAGGCUUGGGAGAGGGUCCCACAAUGCCAGGUCUUAUGACAAUGGUGUCAAGGUGGGCACCAAAAACAGAAAGAGGAAGAUUUGGUGCCAUCGUGUUUGGAGGAGCACAAAUAGGCAAUAUUGCUGGCACAUACUUGUCUGGACUUGUCAUGUAUAAUGGAAUUUGGGACAACGUGUUCUACUUAUUCGGUGGACUUGGUUUUGCCUGGUUCAUAACUUGGUCGUUAAUUUGCUACAGCACACCAAAUACCCAUCCAUUCAUAUCUGACGCCGAGAAGAAGUUCUUGAAUGAGAAUGUCGACUCAUUGAUUCACGCUAGCAAACAAAAACUGGACCCCGUCCCUUGGAAGGCUCUGCUUCGCUCUGUUCCUCUGUGGGCUCUUAUAAUUGCUGCUAUUGGUCACGAUUGGGGUUACUUCACAAUGGUGACAGACUUACCGAAGUACAUGACUGACGUUCUCAAAUUCAACAUCAAAUCUGCUGGUCUUCUCUCUGCCAUGCCUUACGUCGCUAUGUGGAUCGCUUCGUUCUUCUUUGGUCUCCUCUGUGACUUCUGCAUCAAGAAGGGCUACCACAACAUCAAGAAUGCUAGAAAGAUUUAUACUACUAUUGCUGCAACGGGUCCUGGUAUCUGCAUCAUAUUGGCGUCCUACUCCGGUUGCGACACGACUCUCGCCGUCUUCUGGUUCAUCGCAGCCAUGACCCUCAUGGGAGCCUACUAUAGCGGCAUGAAGAUCAAUGCCCUGGAUAUCACCCCCAACUAUGCCGGCACCACCACCUCCCUAGUCAACGGUGUGGCUGCCAUAUCUGCCAUCAUCUCUCCGUAUCUGAUCGGUCUUCUUACUCCAGAUUCCACACUAAAACAAUGGCGAAUAGCGUUCUGGGUGUGCCUAGCCGUGUUGGUGAUCACAAACAUCAUCUACAUCAUAUUCGCACAAGGCGACCAGCUCUGGUGGGAUGACGUCAAGAAACACGGGUACCCCAAGAACUGGCAACAUGGACCUCUCAAUCUCAGACCUGAAGAUUCGGAAUCACAAAACAAAACCGAAAAAACGAAAGAAAAGCAGUGAGAAGAAAAGACCUCAAAGUACUAUGUAUAGCCAAAGCUGUAAAUAAUGUAUUUUAAGAAUAUUUUUAAGUUACCUAAUAAAUAUUUAUUUUAAUAACCAAUUUAUUUGAUCCUGUUAUAAAAUAAUAAAAAAGUACUGACAAACU